AUGGGUAAAACCGGACUCUACAGCCUCCUCUACUUCAUCCUCCACUCACCAUUUCUCAUCUGUGCACAUGCCGCAUUUACCGAAGUCCCUAAAGAUGUGAGCGUGGGGGAGGGCGAGGACGCAGAGAUGCCCUGCGCCUUCAAGGCUGUCAGCGCGGCACCGAUGGCUCUGGAGAUCCAGUGGUGGUACCUGAAGGAAGAGCAGUCCGAGGAGCUGCCAGACGAACUGCAGAUCAGCUCUCCGGCCAGCAGAGCCAAGAUUGUUCCAAGAGAGGCCACGAAAAUAAGUACGGUGCGCGUGCAGGGGAACGCCAUCUCGCACCGCCUCAGCCUGUCCAAGAUAAAGAAGGAAGACGAGGGCAUCUACGAGUGCCGCGUGUCCGAUCUGUGGUCCGACGAGACUCAGGAAUUCACCGUCCACGCGGCGCUCCGAGUCACCCGUGCCGACGCCAUGGUGGCAGAGGAGGCCGUGUCCCACAUCCAGAACCGCUGGCCGCUCCGGAAUACCAACGCGGGGCUGGGCGCGGGCGGAGUUGCCGGAGGCGCGGGAAUACCAGGAGCGGGCCGGGCCACCUCGGAGCCUGGCGUGGGAGGACCAGGGGGGCAAAAGGCGGGAGGGACCAGAGGCAAGGGCCCGCAACAGGCUCAACCGGGUCUCCUGCCGUCUAUCUCCACCACCGCCUCCGCAGGGGUGAAAUCGGCCGCCGCCUGCCCUCUGCCUGCGCUCUGGCAGCAACUGGGAGCCGGUGAGUGUCUCCCUGACCCCCGAUCGAUAGCGGCAUUUUACAUCGAUUAG